AUGCUGAAGUAUCCGGCGCCCGCGGAUUUCGUGUGUCAGCUGGCUCCGCCAAGGCCCGCCUUCGCAUGUCCCGCAGCUUACGCGGAGGGCGCCUUCGCAUGUCCCGCAGCUUACGCGGAGGGCGCCCAGAGCUCAGACCUGUUGGCCAACUCCGGGGACGACAUUGCACGGCCGCCCAGCUGGAAGACAACGCUCAAGGGUGCCGCCUUCUGGGCGAAUCCGAACCACUGGGACAAGGUGCCCAAGUCUUUUUACUGGACGCUGACCUUCAUGUUUUUUAAAGUGGUGGGGACCAUUGGUGGCUACCGGGGGCGCGCAGCCUUCGCCAGGAAGAGCGCGCUCAAGCGCCUAAUGAAGCGCCGGGAGGAGGCCAUGGCUGUGGUUGAUUUCGCCACGCAGGUGCACCUGGAGAUGUUCCCGCAGGUGGCAGACCGGCUGCGGCAAAGCACAGGGAAACAAGCCACUGCGGUGGUGCUGCCCACGCUGGUGCGCACGCCGCAGGACGUUAAGGAGCUGAAGGCGACCUUGUCAGCCUUGGCUUCUCAGACGCAGCCCCCGGACGCCGUCAUCCUGGUGGACGACUUCUCCCCGCAGAAUUUGCAGGAGAAGGAGCUGUGGCAGGGGCCCGGCCUGGCGCUCGUGCGGCUCCACCAAAACGUGGGCCCCGCGGGGGCGCGGACCGUGGGCUUGCGGCUGCUGCGGCAAUGGGCCCGAGGCCGCGACGUGGUGGUUUGCCUCACUGACAGUGACGCGGCCCCCGACAAGAACUGGAUCGAGCAGAUGCAGCUAGCGCAGCAGCGCAGGCCCGGCAUUGUGUGUGGGCCUACGCUGUCGGUGGACAAAAGCCAUACGGGCCGCUUCCACGAUCACUUUGGGAACCUGAACGGCCGCUGGAGCUGGGAAGAUCCGGCGGGUGUGUUGAUGUAUGGCUGCACCUGCAACUUCAGCGUUGACCUCAACUCCAUCGGCGACGCCGAGUUUGACCCCAUCUUCUCGCGCCCUGGCUUCGAGGACAUUGAGUUCUGCUGGCGCCUGCGAGUGGAGAAAAAUGUGCUCACCAGGUAUUGCGAAGAUGCGCGCAUGUACCACCAGUACGAUCGUGGCCCCAUAGGGCUCUACAGGCAGUUCUGGAAGUACGGCAACACUGAGCCCAUCAUGGCCUGGAUGCACCCGGACUUCAGCUUCCAGGGCAGUCGCCCCGUCACCCAGGGCUUCACCGACCCGCGGGAUGCCGAGAAGCGUGGGUUCGACUCCCUGGCCGAGUCUGCCGUGCGAGGGCUGGACGGAGUCGUGCGCUUCCUGAAGUGGCAGACGAAGCAACCGCCGGGCCGCAGCCGCGACACCAUCGUGCCGGUGGCUCCGCGGGGGGAGCUCCUCACGGACGCAGCCCUGGACGCCAUGGACUGCGCGGAGCACGCCAAAAGUGCCGCCGCAUCGCUCAGGGGCGGCGGUUGGGGCCGCCGGGUUGGAGCGUGA